UUAUUUUUGUAGUAAAACCCGGUAAGAUACUACUUAGAUCCAAUUGUUACGUCGACAGCUGCUCUUCUCAACUUGGCCUUUGCACUCCAGACUUCACAACAAUAAUGGCACAACCGAAGCUGACCUUGGCGGAGGUGGAUGGUCUCAUCGAGCGCAUUUUGCUAACGAACUCGCAGCGCUUCACGCAACUGGUCACCGCAAAUGACAUCAAAGCUCUGUGCAACAGCGCCAUUGAAGUUCUUCGUGUUCAGCCGUCUCUUGUGGAGAUCGAUCCGCCAGUGGUCGUAUGCGGUGACAUCCACGGACAGUUUUCUGACUUGAUGCGCAUCUUCUCUCGAGUUGGCUUUCCACCGCUGAAGAACUUCCUCUUUCUCGGAGAUUACGUCGACCGCGGCCGUCAAAGCAUCGAGACAGCUGUCCUGCUUCUGGCCUACAAGACAAGAUACCCGGCAAAUUUCUUCCUGUUGCGCGGCAACCAUGAAUGUAGCAACAUCAACCGUGUCUAUGGGUUCCUCGAGGAGAUCCGCCGACGAUUCCCACACGACACUCAAUCGCUCUGGAUAGCAUUCAACAAGGCGUUCGCUUGGCUGCCGUUCACUGCUUUGGUUGGCGGGAGGGUCCUAUGUAUGCACGGCGGAAUCUCGGAUCGUCUGCGAAGUUUGGACCAGUUGCGCUCUCUCCGUCGCCCGGUGCCUGACUUCGACGCGGCAAACCCAACAAUUGAGCUCGACUUGCUCUGGGCCGAUCCGGAAAAUGGUGUUCAAGGCUGUGUGAGAAGUCCGCGGGGUGCAAGUGUCAUGUUUGGCGAAGACGUUGUCGCUCGUAUUUGCCGACAAUUGGACAUUGACUUGGUUGUGCGUGCUCAUCAGGUUGUGCAAGACGGUGCAGAGUUCUUCGCAAACAGGAAGCUCAUCACGCUCUUCAGUGCGCCACACUACGCCGCCCAGUAUAACAACGCCGGCGCAACUAUGUUCAUCGACGAGAACUUGCGCUGCUCGUUCCAAGUGUUCCAGCCGGCGGGUUAGUUGAUGCUGUAAGAUAUAGUGAUGUAGU